AAACAGGAAGCUGUAUUGCUGCCACAUACCAACUCAACACGGGCAGGUCAGACUGUUGCAGUUACUGGAAGUCAUCACUCGGUUCAGGUGUGAGAGAUGUCCCUCACUGUGGUCAAAGACAAGGGUGUGGCUCUGAUCACUGUGCCGUCUGACAGUAAGAGCCUGUUGCCGCCGCUGUGCCAAAUCCUGCAGAGUCCGUGCUACAGUCCAAUGUGCUGCUCAGUGCGCAAGGGGCUGAUGCAGUCCAACCUGGUCUCAGCGCUUGGGGCUGUACAGAUCAUGGUCGGACUGUUCAACAUCGGACUUGGGCCUGGGCGAACAAGCCGACAUCCUGAGGAUUUUGCUGAUUUGGAAGUUGCUUACUGGCUGGGUGGUCUGUACAUCGCAGUGGGAAUCGUGUCAGUUUUUGCCGACCAGUUCCCCUCUCGUUGCUUGGUGGGCUUCGCUGCUCUUAUGAACAUAGUCGGCUCCAUCUUCUCCGUCGUUGGCAUCGUGCUGUACGCCAUAGACCUCGGAGACGACCCUGUCUCCACGGGGUGUUUCCAGGACCGCUACAAUGCUCACCGUUACAACGAUGAAGACUGCAUAUAUGUUGCCCACAUCGCCCAGCGCUUGCUGACAGCCAUGGACAUCACCAUGAUCGUCCUGGCUGCUCUCCAGCUGUGUGUCUGCAUUAGCUUUGCUGUCCUGGCCAUCAGGGCUCUGGUCAACAGGGAGAAGGACGAGCAGGGUGACAGAGACGUGGAGAUUUACAAGCCGCUGCUGGCCGACGUCCUCGUGACCAGUCCUCACGCUUAGAAUGAGUUCAGCCAAACACCAACAUGUACAAAGAAGCAACGCACGAUGGUGAUCCUUGUUUUAUAUGAAUGUAUACCGUUUAUGUAUUUCACAUACGUCAGGUGAAAACAAUCCAAACUGCUUUUAACACAGAGACAGCAUACUGUCUGUAUAUAUAAUGCUGAAGUGGAUGAUCCCUCUGUACGCUGGCACAAAAUGACUGGAAAUGCGUUUGAUCAUUUUUUUUCUAUCAGCUUGCGGCCGAUGUUUUAAAACACACUUAAAUAAAAAGAAAAAAAAAUCGUGA